UGUAUAAGAGCCUCGCCGCACCCCCUUGAGAUGGCUUCUUCACUCUGGUAAGCAAGUCGCAUUCAGUCACUCAUUCCUUCGUUCGCUCCGCUUCGGCACCGUCACUCUUUUUGAUACCCCUUGAGCAUUUGAUCUAAGCCAUCAUGCUCGUCCUAUCCUUUAUCUUGGCUGCUGGCAGCCUGUCCACUCUUGUUUCCGGGGCUCCGCUCCCCAAGUUUGCUCUCCAGGUUCGGAAUGCGAUUGAUACUGUUGCGACUGCUGCACACCAUCUUGUCGAAAAGCGAAGCGGCGAUGUCUACCAUGUCUACGGAGGCACUGGUGAAGUCUCCAACGGGUGGCCGGCACAGAGUGCUUGGGUCGCCGACUUCGAAACAAUGUUCGCCGCCCAAAACCCCAUCAUGUCCUCCUCCUGCACCCAAUGGGGCGUCGCCAACACCUCCCCCACCGAAAUCACCGCCAUCCACGACGGCCUCAAGACCGUGUCCGGCGAAACCGGCAUCGACGCCCGCUACCUCCUCGCCAUCCUGAUGCAAGAAUCUAACGGCUGCGUCCGCGUCCCCACCACCAACUGGGGCGUCCGCAACCCCGGCCUCAUGCAAGACCACGACGGCGCCGCGACCUGCAAUGAAAACGGCGUGCAGAACCCGUGCCCCGCCAGCACCAUCACCCAGAUGAUCCGCGACGGCGCGGCGGGCACCACUGCGGGCGACGGGCUGAAGCAAACCAUCGCGGCCAGCGGCGCGAGCGACGUGUCGAAGUACUACAAAGGCGCGCGCAUCUACAACUCGGGCUCCAUCGACAGCUCCGGCAACCUCGGCGCGGGCGUCGCGACGCACUGCUACGUCUCGGACGUCGCGAACCGCUUGACCGGGUGGGUGUCUGCGCCGCACGGCUGCGUCGAGUCGACCAUCGGCAGCAUCACGGGCCAAGCUGUUAGCGGGGGGAAUGAUAACACUACGCCCACUACCCCUACGACGCCGACGACGCCGAAGGUUACCCCCGCUGCUACGCCUAAGGUGACGGCGACGCCUCAACCUACGACCCCGAAGCCGACGACGCCGACGACUAAGCAGGUUGGCGAUAAGUCUCCUGGCGCGCAGAAGGCACCUGGCGCGAGCGCGAGCUGCAAGGGGUGGUACACGGUCUCGAACGGGAAUGUGUGCACGACGCUGGAAUCGAAGUUCGGGGUUAGCAUGGCGAAUCUGCAGGCUUGGAACACCGGCUUGAAGUCUGACUGCUCGAACUUGUGGCUCGGGUAUAGCUACUGUGUUUCUGCGUAGGUGGAAGGGGACGGAAGGGGUGGUAGAGGAGGCGUGGAAGAAUCUUUAAG